UUAUCAAUUUGAUAAUUGUUUAUUAAACUCAUAAUUGGAGUUUAAUAAUUGUGACUAUUUCUUUGUUUAAAGAUUUUGUUUGAAUAAUGAAUGACAGGCUGAGGUUAUUGUAUGUACAAUUUAACAUACACACACACACACACACAAUAUGAUUACAAUGUAAACCUGGUGAUUGGCGAUAACAGGCGAUAAUGUUAUCUAUUUGUUUAUGCAAUUAUAAAAAAAAUUUAUAUCAAUUGUGUAUUUUUGUCAGUUGACAGACAAUAAACUCGAUAAUAAUAUGAAAGUUGUCAUAGUUGGUGGUGGUGUUGUUGGUCUAACAACAGCAUUACAACUAAAAAAAAAUAAUUAUUUUGCAAAUUCAGAUAUAAAUAUCGUUGCUGAAAGUUAUGAUGACCUGGUUAGUUAUGUAGCUGCUGGUAUAUUUCGUGUUGGAGAUGAUUAUUCUGGACCAACUAAAAAUAUAACAAGAAAAUGGAUAAAUGACUCGUAUGAAUUUUAUGAACAAAUACAAAAAAGUCAUGAAUCAUCUGUUGCUGGAAUUUCUAAAAUAUCAUGCUACAUGUAUUCAAACAUAGCACCCAUCAAGCAUCAUUGGAUGAAACAAGUUAUUCCAGUUUGUCGUGACAUCACACCAAAUGAGUUUAAUCUUGUCAAUGGAAGUUGGAAAUAUGGCUCAUACCUGGAGACAAUGAUAACCCAGUGUUCAUCUUAUCUUCCAUGGGCUCGAAACAAACUAAAUGAAUGUGGUACAAAAUUAUUGACUAAAAAAUUGGAAUCACUUGAUGAACUUUAUGAUGAUUAUGAUUUGAUAAUAAAUUGUACUGGUCUUGGUGCAAAAAGACUGUGUAAUGAUUCACAUAUGAUACCAAUUCGUGGACAAGUUGCCAAGGUAAAAGCACCAUGGUUAAAAGUUUGUUUUUAUUCGGAAUUGGAUACUUAUAUUAUACCUGGUACUGAUGGUUACUGCACACUUGGUGGUACCAGAGAUUUUAAUUCAAUGACAACUGAUAUUUGUCAGCAUACACAUAGAUCAAUUCGUGAAAGAUGUGAACAUUUAUUACCCUCAUUGACAAAAGCUCCAACAGUCAAACAGCUAGUUGGUUUACGACCAUAUCGUGAAGGUGGUGUUAGAGUUGAAAUUGAAAAAACACCAUCUGGACAUCGUGCCAAAGGGAUUGUUCAUAAUUAUGGACAUGGUGGAUAUGGUGUUUGCACAGCACCUGGAACAUCAAUAUUUGCUAUAAAACUUGCUGAAGAUGUAUUUAAAUCUUCAUCAUCAUCAUCAAAACUUUGAAAUUAAAUAAUUUAAAAAAAAAAAACAUGAUAAUUUUGAUAGAUUAUUAUAU